GUCGUGCCGAGUAGACUGAGACACCACCCACCACGCCAAACGUGGUCCCGCACAGCCUUGGCAGCUCGUCUCCUCUGCUCCUCUCCAUCAGUACCAUCACAGCGAGUAUCACCAGUGGACUCAACCUCCCCUUCUCCCACACCCACCAUGGCAACAGAUCACGUCGCAACCCAGAGCCAGCUUCCAUCCACCAACAACAACACUGAGGGGUCCAAAUUCAAGCGCUUCCUAAAGAAGUUUGGGAGGAAACCGAGCGAUGAGGCAGUCGCAACCUCUCCACAGCAAGCCCACACGGGAGCAGUCUCUUCUUCAACGGGCAAGGAUGGCCAACAAGACAUCUUCGCAGCGCUUUCUUCGCCACCAGCUUCCGCCCCCACUGGCAAGAGCAGCGGCGGUGGUACGACAAAGUUGUCCAAGUCCCGGAGCAAAAACGCUGCUCCAGCUGCAGCAGUAGAUGGCAAAUCAUCGCGCUUGAACAGCGGCGCCAAUGCUAGUGAUAUGGAUCGCCUGAAGUCUUCUCAGACCGUCGAUCGCUCUCCCUCGCCAUUGGGCUUUACGGGCAAUGGCACGCAAGGGCUGGCAGAUACCCUCGUCAUGCCAAGGGAAGCCUCCAGUCAGGCCCCUCAGCUGGACGGCUUACCCGCCCAUGAGCCCAUCAACCCAACCGACGUCGCUCCCGCACAGGUGGAGUCCACAGAUCCAGCCUUCACAGAUGCAUCGGCAGACUUGGGACAACACAGCACCAAUGGCGUAGUCGCAGCUGGGGCGGCAGGUGAUAGUGGAGCAGGUCUUGUAGAGACAGGACAGGGAGCAACAGCAGGGCAGAGCUCAGUACUUGCCGAGGAUGGUGCAGCCAUGCGAUCGAUUCCCACGUCAUCCUCACUAGCCGUCGAAGAGCAGAUCGGAGGUGCCAACGCUGGAUCUAACGGUAAUGCCCGGCUGGGCAACGUUGGCCCACCUUCAGCUUACUCCCGCAAUGCUCACCUGAGCGACCACUCCUCGACUAGCCCUUCACGGUCGGGGCCCGAGACCAGUUUUGAAGAUGUAGACUCUACAGAAGGCUUCAGGCGGAGAGACUCGAGCGAUACUCGAACGGUUGACACCGGCAAGAGCACUAAGCCAACGACCUUGAUGAGCCUUGAGACGAGAGAGAAUACCGGCCAUUCUGGACUAGCUCAGAUUGCCCAGUACCGUCAUGGAGAUCAAUCCUCGCCUACUUCCAACAACUCAGCCGCCGCACGCGCUGCAGCUGGAUCUCCCUCGAUCCAGUUCGCCAGUUCACCCACCGCAAGUCGGACAACGACUUCUGGAGCUGUACCCCUGGUGAACCUACCCGGCUACAAUGAUCCAAUGGAGGAGACUCCCUACACGAAUGUACCUGCCAUCUCGCGUCCUCACCCUUCCAACAAUCCCACCCCUUCUGGUAUACCCCCUGACAAUGCUAGCGUCCUCACCCUCGCUUCCUCUACUGCUGCGCAGAGCAUCGGCGGGCCAGCAUCAGUGCGACAAGGUGGCGCUGGAGCAGCUGGACAUCAUUACACGCCGUCUCUGGCAGGUGCGCGUUCCAUUGGGGGCAGUCUCAUGGGCGAUCGCCGUAAUUCCUCCGACACAUACGCCAGCAUGCGAGCUCUUCCGCCUCUCAGCCGGCGUGGAUCAGAUGCAUCGACACGCACGGGACGAGAUAGCGUUGCUCCUUCUGCAACAGGUCUUACCUCUGCCAAUGCCAUGACGGGGAUGCUGUCGGGCGGCAAUGCCAGCUCGAGCAACAUCGCAAUGCCUGCCUCUACCAGCGCCUACACUUCUGGGGCUGGAGCACCCGCGGACCGAAUGGGCAUCAAACGGACCGACUCGCAGAGGACCGUGGCUACGCAGCACUCUAUUCCUUAUUCCCUGUCCACGUCCAACCAUGCGGCCUUUAUGAACUCAGGGGCCGAGAGGAGGCCAUCGACGGCGUCUGCGAAUCUGCUCAACUACCAACAGGCGCCAAGUGCGCAGGGUGGUCACUCGGUGACGUCUGCCCCUACAUUGACGGCUGCUCCUGCCCUUUCCCUCGCAGGCACGGGAGGCAGCGAUGGGCACAUUCCACCACCCGAGGAAGGCUCGCUUCCUACUCCGGUAGUGGCUACAGCCCCCAUGGCAGCUCCAUCCAUGGCAUCACGGCUGGAGGGACUACUGGGCAAGCCCGAAUUGCAUCACGCAGAUUCUACUGGUGGACAGAAGUUGCGGAUGACCGAGGAGGGGUUUGCAGAUAGGGUUUCGCCUGCUUGAGGUGACAAGCAACGAGCGUCUCAGCAAGGGCGACGUGCAAAGAAUGUUCUGACCGCCUUGACCCCGUGCAAUGCUACCUUCUGCCCUUGAUAUUUGCGUAGUGUCAGUCAUAGUCAGGCUUUUUGUCCUCUCGAGCUCAAGUUCAGAAAUUCGAGGAGAGG